AUGGUGCGUAUUUUGCGACUGGCCAAAAUCAGCCGCAUGUCGGAGGCGGUGCAGGAACAGAUCCAAUCACAGACGGCCAAUAUUCAUUAUAGCCUUUUCAAGAGCAUAUUCCGUCUACUUCUUUUGACUCACCUCCUUGCUUGCUCUUGGUAUGGCAUCGGCCGGCUGAGUGGUGAAGAGUGGGGUGACAUCAGCUGGGUUCAAGCAGACUCAUUUACUGAGCGAACCCUGGGCUACCAGUAUACCACGUGCUACCAUUGGGCAUUCUGCCAGAUGGGCGUGGGUGGCAUUGCAAUCUACCCCACCAACACCUACGAGCGCUCAUUUGGCAUUUUUGCAGCUUUUGUUGCUCUGAUGACAUUCUCGACGCUUGUGAGUAAGAUGACCUCUUUGAUGUCCAGCUUGAACAAGUUGAAAGACGAGGAAACAGAGCAAUUUCGACUCUUGCGGCGCUAUUUAAUCUAUAACGACAUACCUCUUCAUUUAAGCCAACGCAUCAUCCGCUUUCUUCAGCACGGGUAUCGGAUUCGCAAUGAGGCACUGUCAGCAGGAAAUCAUUUGCCUAUCUUGGACUUGCUCUCCCAGCACUACCAUGGCGACGAGGAAGGUGAGCCAGUAACAACAAUUCAAGGUUGUGACUUGGCUGUUGCUGGUGCCGCACAGGGUCAAGGCAAAUGUGUGCGUGAAAGCAGCGAAUGCCAGGCAGCAGCGGUAGCUUAUGCCAAGGACUAUGUAGAUCAGCUGAGAAAGUGCAACCAAUUGAAUGACCUUUUUGUCUUGACCAAAAUGCAGCAUAAUCUCUCUCGGCAAGCAUCGUGUCUUGACUGCAAUACCAGUUCCUGGAUGCGAUUGUAUUAA